GAAGAUAGCCUUACAACCACAACCAUCACCAAGGGCCUUAUUCUUUUGCUGCACUGGCUGUUUGCUCAAGUGUCAUCUGCACCACCACAUUCCUGGAGAGACUCCUCUCGCGCCCGGUGCCCUCAACCCAAAUAUCCCAUGCGGCAUCCUUGUGUGGGAUAUCCGUCGUUGCUGCAGACGACCUACCACCCCAUGGCGGCCAACUAGAGUCUUAGAUCCUGGCAUCAAAAACGAGACAGCUCAAAACUUGAUCGGACAACUGCAGCUCUUCGCAGAAUCAAGUGCCUGUCAUGACGGAGGACGACCGCCCAAGCAGCGCGGGCGCAAAAGACACCCCUUCGUCGAGGCUAAUCGCGCCGAGUUCGAGUUCCGGCACCAGCACUCCGACGCCUGCGCAGAACACCAGUGGAUCGAGCUCUGACCCGCGCUGGAGGCCUCAGGCAAUACAGACCGAGUAUGGGUCAAUAACAUCACCCAUCAACCGCCCGCAACAGAAUCCGUCCUCUCCGGAGCGCCCCAUCGUCAGAUCGAAGAAACCCCCGAUGAGCCGGCGAACCACCUCCUCCAACAUCCCGAAGAAGGGACAAGAAUUUUCUGUAGAUGAUGCACAGGAAGAGGUAGACAAGGAUCUGACGGAGCAGCAACAGCAGCAAGCUUCGAAUGCUUCGCAGUCUCUGCGGCGGAAACCAUCGACUAUAAGGCGAAGGACGGCUGCCCAGGCCCCCAAGCUCACGACAGUAGAGUCCAACGAAGAGGACGCCACAGAACAGGUCGCCGGAGGUGCCCCUACGGCUUCGGCCGCGCAAGGGUCGGAAAGCAGCGAAGAAACUCUGCCAAAUGGAGAUGAGGGUAGCGCGACCACGGGCGAGGAUGAGGCCGACCACAGCGAUGCGGAGAGCUUCACUCUCAAGGACCGACAGGAAGCUAUCAACGUGACACAUCCUUUCGGUAUCAGGAUCUGGAAGCCCGCUCUAUAUAAGAAGAGCCGGUCUGUGCAACGGACUGCGGAAGGAGAUAUCCAUUCAUCACCGGGGUUGUUUGUGAGCAAUUGGCUUCUGCUCUUUAAUAUUUCCUGGACCCUGGUUUUUGGCUGGUGGCUUGCGGCCCUUACCGCAGCCGGGGGCGUGGUACUCGCACUUAUCGGAUACAACGACAGCUGUAUCGAACACGCCCAUCUGCUAUUCCAUCUUGCGGGUUACCUGUUCUAUCCUUUCGGCAAAUAUGUCAAGUUGAUGCAGGAUGAAGCAUACGCGGAGGAAGAUGAGGGCGAGGGUCGAAGCAUUAGCGAAUAUGAGCAAUGGCAGAGUGGAGACAUUGAAGAGGGACGCUUGUUCUUUGGACCCCCAGAUACCCGUGGUCUUGUCGGACGGCGGAGGAAUAGUAUAGACUCGACCGACGAGACGACCAGUCUGUUAGGACGGGACAGUCGCAGCAGCCUUUCCCAUCAAGACACGGCGAGAACCAAGAGGAGGUUGUUUGGUCGCGGAAAGUGGACUCUUGGCCGCGUCAUUUUCUUUGUAUUCUUCUACGGGAUUUUUACGCCGGCGUUGUUUCUGGUAUGCGGGCUCUGCUGGUUCUUCGUCUUCACCAUACCAAUGGGCAAGGUCACGCUCCUCUUGUUCCACCACCUUCGGAGGCAUCCUCUAGCAUUAUCCUUCCAUUCAGACAGAGGCGAUGUACGCCGUCCAGGAGAGUCAUCGUCCAUCCUGGUAUGCACGUACAGAGCUGUGGGUUUGAAGUACUGGAAAUACACCGUCGAUGGCACCAACAUCUUCCUCAUCAACCUUCUCGGACUGGUAGCCUUCACGAUUUUUGACUACUGGAUCCUCGACGAGUUCCUUGGCCUCAAGAUUGGAAUCACGGAUCAAUUCUUUGUUUUCACGCUUGGCCUGUUAUCCAUUAUACCUCUGGCGUAUUUUAUCGGCCAAGCCGUGGCAUCCAUUUCCGCACAGUCCUCCAUGGGCGUAGGCGCAACCGUCAAUGCCUUUUUCUCCACUGUCGUAGAGGUAUUUCUUUAUUGCGUCGCUUUGAAGGAGGGCAAGGCACAGUUGGUGGAAGGCAGCAUCAUCGGCAGUAUUUUUGCAGGCAUUCUUUUCCUUCCUGGCUUGUCGAUGUGCUUCGGGGCGGUCAAGAGGAAGACGCAACGCUUCAAUGUCAAAUCCGCCGGUGUAACGUCGACCAUGCUCUUGUUUGCCGUUAUUGGUGCUUUUGGGCCGACGCUCUUCUAUCAGAUUUACGGCAGUCAUGAGCUCAUCUGCCGCGACUGCAAUUCCACUUUUGGUGAUCCUCUGGAGCGGGAUUGUCGGCAAUGCUACUUUUCACAGACGCCUGCAGUGGACGACAAGUUCUACAAGAAGGCAGUUCGGCCCUAUACGUUCCUUGCUUCCGGACUUCUAUUCUGCUCCUACGUGAUCGGUCUGCUGUUUACACUUAGAACGCAUGCGGCGGUCAUUUGGAGUAGCGAGAUUGAUGAGAAAAAAGGGGAACAUCUAACAUCAAGUCACCUCAGUAGCAGCACACACACAGAACAGCAUCAUCCUCAUUCACUCUCUCGACAAGGGACCAGCCAUCCGUUGCCCAAGACGGAUAUCCGAAACAGCCAGUUGUAUAAGCGGAUUGUGGGUCAAUCCUACCAGCAAAUAGGUCUCGGACCUCAUGGAGAAGCGCCAUCACAAGAGCAAUCGGGAUCGAGGUCGGGGGAGCGAACACCGCAUGUGGUGCCUCCCAAGGAUGCAGAGGUGGAACAUGCAGCAAGCGGCUUCCAAGUACAAGGUCUUUCCGAGGAGGCCAAUCAGUCGCUAGCUCGACAGAUUACUGAGAUCGCGGCUACUACAUCGGCCAUAGCCGCUCGAGAUGCGACCAAGGCGCCACACAAGGCUUCGCAGAUGGCACACACGCAUGCUAGAAGACAUGGUGAACGGCCGCAUCAUCACAAGGCCGCGACUCACAUUGGAGAGGCGGAAGAGACUCCCCCAGGUCACACAUCGGGCGGGCACGAUGCGCCCAACUGGAGUCGAACCAAGAGCGCUGUCAUCCUGCUAACCGCGACGCUGGCAUACGCAGUCAUUGCAGAGAUUCUCGUCAACACGGUAGAUGUGGUUCUGGAGGGUUCUCACAUCGACGAAAAGUUCCUAGGGAUUACGCUUUUCGCGCUUGUCCCCAACACUACGGAAUUCCUGAACGCCAUCUCUUUUGCAAUGAAUGGGAACAUUGCUUUGUCCAUGGAGAUUGGUUCUGCAUACGCGCUGCAGGUCUUGCUCCUUCAGAUACCCGCCGUCGUGCUGUUCAGUGCCAUCUAUGGGAAUACGCUGAAGCCGGACCAGAUCCUCAACCACACCUUCACCUUGAUCUUCCCGCAGUGGGACAUGGUGACGGUGAUUCUUUGCGUGUUCCUCCUCUCGUACAUGUACGGCGAGGGGAAGAGCAACUACUUCAAGGGCUCGAUUCUGAUUCUGUCGUACAUUGUGGUGGUCGUCGGCUUCUUCCUCUCGGGCUUCGACGACUUUACAACCAAGGGGGUCAAUAUCUCCGAUACUCUGGCGGUGGGGAGUCGGGUGAAUCGGCAACUGCAAGGGUUGUCUCAUAAAGAGCUGUGAUGACGCAAGGGACAUGGCGAGCGGGGUGGGUGUAUAUAGAAGGGGGUGGGUUGUGGAUAGUGGGGUGUCGCGCGAUUUGGGUCUUGUAGAGCAGAGGGUUGCAAGUAUACUUCUCAGCGUUUUAUUGUACAGUCGUGGCAUUUCAUGGCGCAUAGCACAAGAGUCAUUAAUAUUGGCGCAUCGACGUUGUGAUUUGUAUAGCGGUCAAUUUUAGGAGCUAUUCGUCCUCGCCUUUUGACUAGGUUAUGAACGACGGCAGCUGAAGAGGUAUCCAGGUC